GCCAUCUUGCCCCGGGCAAGGCCCCGCCGCCAUGGAGCCGAGCGGGGCGGGGCGGAAGGAGAGGCCGAAGCCGCGGGAGCCGGCGGCUCGCCUGGAGAAGGCCAAGCAGAAAUCGGCCCAGACGGAGCUGAAGCAGAGGCAGAGGGCGGAGAUCUAUGCCCUCAACCGAGUGAUGACGGAGCUGGAGCAGCAGCAGUUCGACUCCUUCUGCAAACAGAUGCAGGGCUCUGGAGAGUGAGGGGGCACACACAGCCCCCCCAACUGACUCUGGACCCCCCCACAUCUGCCGCCCACCCUUUUUUCUAAUCCCUUUGUUAUUUAUUAUCUAAUAUCUGCUGCUUUUUUUAUAUAUAAUACAAAUAAA